CAAAGUGUGUAUCAGAUGUUGAAUACGUCUGUAAAUACAUUUAGCGCCCUGCAGUAGUUGUAGUGCUGUAAUAACUUGUAUUUUUACUAUUUUCUAAAUAGAAAGUAAGUAUUGUUACGUGGGAUUCAUGAGAGGUUUUUUAAUACAUCAGUGUUUGUAAAAGCAGUUGCAUAAGUGUGGUUGAGUUGGCCUGUUUUGAAUGCUGUUUUUUGUGCAUAUUAUAGAGCGUAUGCUUGAAAAUCACUGCUCUGGGGUCAGUUAUGUAUGUGCAUUAUUUAAUAAGUGGACGCUGCAUGGGUUAGAUAUGCCAGAUCUGUGUGGGAAGAGGAAGAGUUCCGCGUGCAUAUCUGUAACUUAUCUAACAUUUGAUCUCUCUCUCUCUCUCUCUCUCUCUCUCUCUCUCUCUCUCUCUCUCUCUCUCUCUCUCUCUCUCUCUCUCUCUCUCUCUCUCUCUCUCUCUCUCUCUCUCUCAUAUCCUCUGCCACCUGUUUCGUUCUCACGCUUGCGCUCCGGGCUUAAACACUGUCCUCAGAGACACAUUCUUAAAAUGAUCGAUUAAUAUGUUCCAGAAGACCGAUAUGCAUCAUUAUAUAGUCUGAUUAGACGCAUAUGGAAUCUGACUGAUUGAAGGACGCUGGUCCGAAGGAAGGGUCUACUAAAAACUUUUUGGACUGUUGGGAUAAGGAGAAUCAUUUUUGUGGACGACACCGUGGACAAACUGGAAUAAACACCGGUUUCAAUACAAACUGGAGUAAAUAUCAAGUUUAACACACACUCGAAUAAAUUAAUUAAAACCAACGCAGGAGACGAUGUUGGUUUUACAACGGAACGCGUGUAACGCUCGAGACAAGUGUGCGGUUGGAUUAAAGUGACAUAAGAUUUAAUGUGUUGCGUUUUAAUUAUUUUAUUUCAUUAUUAUUUAGUUGUAUUUAGCUUAUUUUAUUUUAUUUGGUUUAUUUUAAAAUUUUAAAUAAUUAAGUAAAACGCUUGCAGACUCGUCAUGUGCAAAAAUGCAUCCUUAACUUCCAAGAAAACCUUAAAUAUAUAGGGUACAACGUACAGAUAUAUUUAUGUUGUGAGUGAAUAUGGCGAAUACUCUGGAGAGAGAGAUUUUGGAGCGCGAGCUCCGUCCACGCUUGUGUUAUUUAACUAAAGGAGAUCGCGGAUUCGGAUUCCAUCUGCACGGUGAACGGAGCCGAGGAGCGCAAUACAUCCGCAAGAUCGAGCCGGGCUCCCCCGCUGACCUGGCCGGUCUCAAGUCCGGUGACCGGGUGGUGGAAGUGAACGGAGAGAAUGUGGAGGGAGAAACUCAUCAGCAGGUUGUGGAGAGGAUCUUGGCUGUGGAUCACCGCACCAGGCUGCUGGUGGUAGACCGUGUCACAGAUGAGUUCCUGAAGUUUCACGGUCUCCAGUGUACGGAGGAGAGGGCGAUAGAGAUGGGCUCUCUCUCUUCUCGCUCCUCCGCGGCGUCCUCUCCGCGCGCCUCCCCACGAGACUGCGCCACACCUCCCUACAGCAGACAGAGCUCAGACGGCAUCUCAGUAAAUAAGAGUCCCAGUACCUCAGGAGUGAUUAACGUUUCUCCGCUGUACAGAGCUCAUGCCCGUCUGGCUACACCUGUGUUCUUGUCUCCCCCCUCACCUUCUGAACUAAAAAAUGAGCGAAUAACUGAACCCUUCACACAACCCAGCAUUGAAUCCAGUGCUGAACCCUUGACUAAACUCAGCGUUGAAUCCAGUCCUGAACCCAAGAUUGAAUCAAUAACUGAAGGCAUCACAAAACUCAGAAUUGAAUCCAACAUUGAACCCAAGACUGAACGAAUUACUGAACCCAACACUAAACCCAGCAUUGAACUCAGCUUUGAAACCAUCACUGACCUCAGUGAAUCACAAACCAUCACACAGGUACACUCUGAUGAGGAAACAUCAUCGGAGGGGGACGUGGUAACGAAGGACCUGCGUCCGCGCUUGUGUCACAUGAUCAUUGGUGAGCAGGGCUACGGCUUCAACCUGAACUGCAACAAAUCUCGCGCGGGCCAGUUCAUCCGCUCCGUGGACCCCAACUCGCCGGCGGAGCAUGCAGGAUUGAGGCCGAGGGACCGGCUCAUCGAGGUGAAUGACAAAAGUAUCGAGGGUCUGCGUCAUGCUGAGGUGGUGGCGUUGAUUAGAGCGGGUGGCAGAGAGACCCGUCUGUUGGUCGUUGACCCGGAGACAGAUGACCUGUUUAACAGACUGGGCAUCACACCUACAGCAACUCAUCUUAAAGAGGACUGUGUGGAUGGACCAAUCAUUGAGACCCCAGAGACAAAGUGUCCAAUCACAGACAGCCCUGUAUCUGCUUCACCAGUCACAGAUGUCCCCAGGAUCUCUCCACCAAUCAUAAACAUCACACUGACAGAUCCACCAAUCACAAACGGCUCUCCACGGCACAAGAGUUACGGAAGCUCCUCCUCUUAUUCCACUUUAUCAGAGACGAGUGCCGAGCUCAGCAGUUCUGACACCAGCAAGGUCACUGAUUCAGACCAUCAUUCCCAUAAUGAGGUCCGUAACUCUAACCGAGAUGGGAAAUCUGAGCAGCGGCCGUCAGACCCGUUCUGGGAGAGCGGUCUGCACCUGAGCCUGACUGCAGCUGAGGCCAAACAAAAAGCCCGUGCCAAACGGCCCAACAAGAGAGCGCCCCCUAUGGACUGGAGCAAGAAACAGGAGAUCUUCAGCAACUUCUGAGGAUCGUAUACAUCUCGAUUCUAUUCAGAUGCCACCUAUGCAGAAACUGAAGCAAAGAAAUAAAGCUUAGCCCAAAUUAGAUCAAGCUCCUGAUAGAUUAUUAUGGCUUAAAGACAUUUUGAGAGACAUUAAGUUCAGUGAGAGGAACUAAAAUUGGACAUCUACUGCCUCAAGAACUUAUUUUAAGAACUUGUGGACAGCAGUGUGUUCGAGUGGACAUGUACCAUGUUCUACAGAGAAAAGGAUGAAAGAUUUGGCAUUUCACUGUUUUAAGAGCAGGCGUAGAUUCAGACUGAAUGAACAAAAAUGAAAGUAAUGUUCUUACGUGAAUGCAAAAGAGCUGUUUUUAAUGGACUUCAGGUUAUGGGUUCAACUGAGCACAUUGGUGAAAUCUGACAUUUCAUUGCGAGAAUAUGUUUCACGAUCAGGAAUUCUGUUACUUAUGUUUUUUCGCACAAAUCACCCUGAUGAUAUUUAAUAGUGCGACAGUGGUGACAUUUUUGCAAAAUGAUAUUACAUGGUCGAUUAGACAUAUCACGUCAGUUCACGCUCCUCUAAACGCAUCACCCAGCGGCGUGACCCGUAUCUGAAUGUUCACAAACAGUAUGUCGUUGCUCAGCUGUUUCGAACUUCUUUUUGGCUCUGAGCGAAGAACGAGGAAGCAUUUCACAGUGAGUGUGCCGGGCCUUUAGAGAGUAAACAGACUUACAAGUCAGUAAUACAACAACAUAAGCAAUUCCUCUUAAAGAGACAGUAACAUGAGAUGUUCCGCAAUAUGUAGUUCCAAAAGUUCUCAGAAAAGAGGUGAAAGUGAGACAAUUGAAUGUGUAUUCAGAAUGGAUAGAAAGUUGUUUUUUGGAGUAAGUGGAUUAAUAGUUAUUGAUCAAGUGCUCAUGGAACAGUGAAAGUUCAGGUGAUUUUGUGCCCCAUUAUGUUGGCACCAUGACUGCAAUCUUCUGGAGGGAAUAAGAGACAAAGUUACAACCAGACACAAUGAGGAAGGGAUGGAAAGUGAGAGAGAAAGACCGAGAGGGGAACACAAAGUGUAAUUAAAAGACUAAGGAAGAAAGAUAUACUGAGCAAAUCAAAAAAGAAAGUGAUACAGCAAUGGACAAAAAUACACUUGCAAGAGAAAAGAAAAAAGAAUGAAAAUAAUAUGGAAACUUUAGAAGAUCUGAAGGUUUCUAGUUUAUUCCUGAAGUUUAAGCUAUUUAAUGGCUUUUAUUGAUUUUAUUAAAACAUCAGUCUGUACUAUUAUUACAUUUAACACUUGUAGAUAUGUGUUCAUUCUCAUGCAGUUCAGCCUACAGUAUUUCAUCUCUGUUUUACUUGUGAUGUUGUCAUACCUUGCACAAAUGCUAGUUUAACAUCUCUAAUAAUCACAUAUUAUAACAUACAGUGUAUUUACAGACAAGACAAUCCAAUACAGUAAAAAAAAACAGUCUUUAUGUCUUUAUCAUCUCAUUCUAGAUUAAUAUUAGCCAGACUGUUAUAUAAUCUCAGUAUAUAAUCUGGUGGAUGUCAAUACCAAAAGUGAAACAGCUGUCUUUAACAGAUGACUACAUGUACAGAAAAUUAAGUGACAUGUAUAUACAGUAUGAUAUAUAUUCAGAAAACUUACAACAAUGUAAAGGUAAUUACAGAAAAAGCAGUUUUACUACUAUCUAUUAUAUUUAAAUCAGUUUUGUUUCUUAUUGUACAAAUGCUCACUUUUCCUCACACACUAAUAAACAGAGUAUUUUAGAUUUUUAA